AUGUGCUACUCCCAACCCCUUGAUUUUUGCAAACUUCCCAAGGAUUCCGGACCAUGUCGCGCGUCCUUGCUACGUUUCCGGUAUGAUCCUGAACAGCAAAAGUGCACGGAAUUCACUUACGGCGGAUGUCUCGGCAACCUGAAUAAUUUCGAAUCAAAGGGGCUCUGCAAGGUGGUAUGCGAAGGAGGCAGCUAUCACGAGAUUUUUCCCGACGAUGACUGA